AGUGGCUCCUUGUGGCCCAUGAAUUCUUCAUUCCAAGUUUGUCUCUUCCCUACUAGCAGCUUCCACAGAGGAGGAAAUAAUUCAGGUCCAGAUAAAGGAAGAACCAGAAUCAGAGGACGAGAGUCUAGAGGAAAACUGUUGUUGGGGUGAGUGCUGAAACACUACAGAGAGUGAGAGCCAUUCAGUUAACUCUAAAGUGUCCAGUUUCAUGUGCAGAAGAUGCAGCAAAUGCUUCGCUGCUAAAUCCUCCCUUCACAAACACAACAGAAUCCAAACGGGGGAGAAACCAUACACCUGCACAGAAUGUGGCAAAAGCUUCUCGCGUCUGAGCUUCUUCCGUAUUCACAACAGGAUCCACACUGGAGAGAAACCAUUCACCUGCACUGAGUGCGGCAAGCGUUUCACCAACGGCACCAGUCUCUGUAACCACCAGAGAACUCACACGGGAGAGAAACCAUUCACCUGCGAGGAAUGCGGAUCUUUAUUUGCUGAAAGGAGCGCCCUGCGCUGGCACCAGAUCAUUCACAGCGAUGAGAAGCCGUUUGUAUGUACAGAAUGUGGGAGCCGCUUCUCUUUGAGGGACUCGCUUCUCAGGCACCAGAGAAUUCACAGAGGAGAGAAACCAUUCACCUGCAGAGAAUGUGGGAAAUACUUUUAUCAGAGCAACCACCUCCAGAGGCAGGGCCGGAACUAGGGGUAGGCAGAGUAGGCACGUGCCUAGGGCGCAAAGCUGGGAGGGCGCCAGGCACUUACCUCCUCUGUCGCCUACCCCAAGUCCGGUUCCCUUCUUUUGCCGACUCUAUGCGUACGCGAGCGCAAAUUCGUGCAGGCCAGGCGCAUGAUCGCAAAUUUGCGCAGACGCACACUAAACAGGCGGUGCGACUGCCGGGCCUGACUAGGGCGUCUGCCCAGCGUGGCCCGGCACUGUCCAGAGGCACCAGGCAACUCAUACUGGGGUAAAACCAUUUACCUGCACAAAGUGUGGCAGGGGCUUCUCUGUAAAGUAUGCCCUUCGGCGGCACCAGAAAACUCACACGGCAGAAAUCUACAUUGUAACUUUCCUUCCAUAGCAACAACCCGACAACAUUCAAAUUUCUGGGCUGCUGUCUUCCCCACUGUCAGACAGAAACCUUUCCCUGAGUGAUUAAACCCUGCGGAGCUCUGAUUCUGUCCACUUCCUGUUCCUGGGCUGCUCUCUUUCCCAUGGUGAGGCAGAGAAAAUGCAUUUAUAUUAGGGAUGCACCGAAUCCACUAUUUGGGAUUCAGAAGAAUCCCCGAAUCCUUUGUGAAAGAUUCGGCCGAAUACCGA